AUGGCCUCUUCUCUUCUGGGGGCCGCGGGGGUGGCCCUGCUCACUGGACUGCCGGUGGUGUGCCCAGCGCCGGCGGGCGGCCCCGGGGCCCCUGAUGUCGCUGUAGCAACAGAGGAGGCCCAUACCAGUUCACAUGCAUCGACGGACCUGCCACUGCUAGAGUCUAAGGAAAGCAUUUUCCCAGCCCCACUGCAUUUCCAUCUCGCGCUGCUGCUGCCGCUCGUCGCGCUGAUCUUGCUGCUAUUCCGACCCGCGCGCCCAACGCACAAGGGCCGACCACCACCACCACCACCAACAGCACCAUCACAACCCGAGGCUGGCGGCGUGGUGCAAGCGCCUCCUCGGCGGCUGCCCCCAGAAGCCAUUCCCCCUCCACCGGAACAGGUGGAGCAACAGGGCGUCACGGGGCCGGGGACAGAGGGUCCUGAGCCCGGGGCCCCUCAAGGCGCGUCAGAAGAACCGAAGGAGGAAGCCGUUGAGGGAAAUGCAGGGUCACCGGGAGAUAGCGGAGCAGACUCUAAACAGGAGCAGCAGGGUCCCCCCACCCCACCCGAACAACAGGAACAGCACACGCCGGGGACUACAGCAACAGCCACAAACGGAAAGCCCUCCUGA